AUGCCUCAACCAUGGCGCUCUCCAGCCACCCGUGGCGCCUACACUACCGUCGCCCAAGCCGAAGAAACAGACGUAGAACUACGGCCAUUUAGAAUAUCUAGCGCCAGUGACAGGACUCCCGAGAAGCCUGUCGAUGCCUUUGAUGGGGUUGGCAAUGGAGCCGAGCCGACGCUGCAUGAGCGAGAUACGCUUCGCAGAGUAUCCGAUAAGCUACCAUGGAGCGCAUUUUUGGUGGCUGUCGUUGAGUUCUGUGAACGGUUUGCGUACUAUGGGCUUUCAGGGCCGUUUCAGAACUAUAUGGCGAAUAGUUGGCAUGAUAAGAAUGGGCUUCCGGGCGCGUUAGGGCUCAAUCAAUCCGGGGCCACGGCGAUGUCGAAUUACUUCCAAUUUUGGUGCUACUUGACUCCCAUCAUUGGCGCCAUCAUCGCCGACCAAUAUCUCGGAAAGUACCUGACCAUCGUCUACUUCUCCGUCGUUUAUAUGCUUGGCAUUAUCAUUCUCUUCUUAACCUCGCUCCCCAUUUCCAUCGAAAACGGCUACGCUUUUGGCGGCCUGAUCACUGCUAUGGCCGUCAUUGGCCUCGGAACCGGAGGCAUCAAAGCCAACGUCUCACCACUCAUCGCAGAACAGUGUCAAGCCAGUAAACCCUUCGUCAGGACCCUCCGAGGGGGUGAACGGGUGAUUGUCGACCCCGCCGUCACGAUUCAAAGAAUCUACAUGAUCUUUUACAUGUGCAUCAAUCUCGGGUCUCUGUCUGCUAUCGCUACCACUAGCUUGGAAAAGAGUGUUGGGUUCUGGAGCGCUUAUUUACUACCGUUAAUUACGUUUAUGGUUGGCUUUGCGGUUCUCAUUUCGGGGAGGAAGGAAUAUGUCGUGCAUCCUCCGAAAGGCGGCGUUGUUACGAAUUGCUUCAAGGCGCUCUGGAUUGGGAUUAUGAAUAAGGGUAAUCUUGAUGCCGCAAAGCCUUCUUGCCAAGGGCAGUUUCGACGCAGCUAUACGACACCGUGGGAUGAUCGGUUUGUAGACGAGUUGAAGCGGGCUGUGGUCGCUUGUAAGGUGUUCACGUUUUACCCGAUCUAUUGGCUCGUUUAUAAUCAGAUGAUGAAUAACUUCAUCUCUCAAGCCGGGCAAACCCAACUCCACAACAUCCCAAACGACAUAAUGCAAAACAUCGACCCCCUCACCAUCCUGCUAUUCAUCCCCCUCCUCGACCGCCUCCUCUACCCCCUCCUCCGCCGCCUCUCCAUCCCCUUCCCUCCGAUCUCCCGCAUCACCGCCGGGUUCCUCCUCGCCAGCCUCGCCAUGCUCUACGCCGCCUUCGUCCAACACCUCAUCUACACCUCGCCCCCCUGCUAUUCCCGCCCAUCGGCCUGCGACGCCGCCAAGCUCCCCGCCGGCGGUUUCAGGCCCAACGAGGUCCACGUCGCUGUGCAGACCCCGGCGUAUUUGCUCGUAGGCUUGAGUGAGAUAUUCGCGAGCGUGACGGGCUUGGAGUAUGCGUAUACGAAGGCGCCGAGGAGUAUGAAGAGUUUUAUUAUGGCGGUUUUCCUGUUAACGAGCGCAGGGGGGAGUCUGUUGGGGGUGCUGUUGGCGCCGAGUGCGAGGGAUCCGUGGGUGGGGUGGAUGUAUGCGGGAUUGGCGGUUGUGUGUGUGGGGACGGGGGCGGUGUUUUGGUGGGUUUUCAGGGGGUUGAAUGCGUUGGAGGAGGGAAUGAAUGGGUUAGGUGAAGAUGCGGGGAUGAUGGGCGAAGAGAGGGAUGAAGAAGAGGAAAGUUUUAUCUCGGAGGUAGACAGGGAGAGGGAGAGGGCGAUAUAG